AUGGAUGCACUUCCUCAACCACCUCAACCAAACCCUCAACCCAACCCCAGGCUAAUGAAAGACUUUGGUAGGCCCCAAGUAGGAGCUUCACCUUCUUGUAUAGUGCUUACUGAUGCAGCCAGGAAUUAUGAGUUAAAAACGGUCCACUACAACCAGUUGCCGUCUUUUCACGGUUCAGCAAGCGAAGAUGCCCUUACCUUUAUCAGGGAUUUCUACGGGAUAGUCCAACACUUCCCGUUGAAUGACUUGACUGAGGAUGCACUGAGGAUGAGGUGUUUUCCAUACACCUUGAAAGAUGCUGCAAAGACAUGGUUCAUGUCUCUCACACCAGGAUCUCUUCGGACAUGGCCGGAGGUGUAUAACAAGUUUAUCAGUAAGUUCUAUUCUCAUGCAAAAACUGCUGAGCUAAGAAGAAAAAUUGCGACAUUUUCGCAAGCUGAUGGUGAACCGUUUCAUGAGGCAUGGGAAAGGUUCAAAAUGUUGCUCAUUCAAUGCCCCCACCAUGGCUACCCAUUGGAACUUCAAAAUCAAACAUUCUAUGAUGGUUUGACUCAAACCAGCCAAUCAAUGGUUGACAAUGCGGCUGGAGGUGCCAUGGGAGAAAAAACGGCGGAGGAAACUUUAACGUUGUAUGAAAUGCUAGGGGCAAACUCCCAACAAAAGAGUAUAAGGGGACGGACACAAGGUAUGUAUGAAGUUAACUCAAAUACGGGGUUGGAAAUUCAGGUGUCUGAGCUAGCAAAACAAGUGAGGAGCAUGUGUUCUAUGAUGGGUAUGCAGCAAAAUAAUGCAUUUAUGAUUGAUGAAAAUGAUUGUGAGCAGGCCAAUGCAAUGAAUAGUUUUAAUCAAAGGCCUAGAAACGACCCGUAUUCUAAUUCUUACAAUCCGGGUUGGAAAAAUCACCCUAAUUUUUCUUGGAGUAAUAAUCAAAAUAAUUUUCAACCAGUUGCUCCUCAACCAAAAAAAUCGUCUUGGGAGGACUCUUUGAAUACCUUUAUACAGACCUGCAAUAGACAGCAAGAAGCGAACGAUCAACGCUUCCAACAGACAGAGGCAUCACUUGCUAAAACUGAGGCUUCACUUGCCAGAAAUGAAGCAUCUAUGAGAAAAUUGGAAGUCCAAGUGGGACAAAUCGCCGAAGCUCUACAAGGCCAUGUGCCAGGUAAGUUGCCUAGUCAACCUGAAGAAGCUAAGAUUAUGACUGUUCUAAGAAGUGGUAAAGUUAUUGAAAAUAAUGUGAAAGGAAAUACCACUUCUAAACAAUCUGAAAUAGUUGAAAAUUUGAAUGUUGAUAAUGAAGUCAAUAAGGAUGAACCCAAAUUGCAUAAAUCUAAUGAUCCUUAUGUGCCCCCUAAACCGUAUGUUCCUCCCGAUCCAUUUCCUGGUAGAUUGAAAAAUUCAAAAUUUGAUAGAUCAUUUUCUGAGAUUUAUGAUUUGUUGUCCAAAGUGAAUGUGAAUUUGCCUUUGUUAGACAUGAUUAAAAAUAUGCCUGCCUAUGCUAAGUUUUUAAAAGAGUUGAACACUAGAAAGCGUAGGUAUGAACACGAUGAAAAAGUUUUUAUGUCUAAAACUGUAAGUGCUGUUUUGCAAACUGACUUGCCCCCAAAAUUAGAAGACCCCGGUAGUUUCAUAAUAACUAUUACAGUGGGGAAUUCUAAAAAAGAAAAAGCAAUGCUUGAUUUAGGGGCAAGCAUUAACUUGAUGCCAUAUUCUGUCUACUUGCAGUUGGGUCUGGAUAGAUUAAAGCCUACUACAAUGUCCCUAGAGCUUGCUGAUCGCUCUAUUAGAUAUCCUAGGGGCAUUGUAGAAGAUGUUUUGGUCCAAGUUGAUAAACUAAUAAUUCCUGCCGACUUUGUUGUUUUAGACAUAAAUAAAAAGUGCAAUCAUGCACAUGACAUGCCUAUUUUGCUUGGCCGACCUUUCAUGGCCACAGCAAAAACAAUGAUUGAUGUCCAAAAUGGAAAGUUAACCAUGACUGUCCUAGAUGAAACUGUUGAAUUUUCCAUUUUGAAAUCAAUGACAUUGCCUGAAAACAAUAACAAUCAUUGCUUUGCUGUAGACAUUUUAGAUUCCAUAAUUUCUGCUGAGUUUUUAGAUGAAUCUCCGUUGAAGGUCGAAACUGAUGAAGAGGAACCUAAUCAAAGCUCAAUAAAAGAGGGGGGUGUUGAUGGAUGUUCACUUGCAGACUGUCUGGAGCAAAUAAAAGAAAAACACCAUCCCUCAGUUGAAGCUGACGUUCCGCCCAAGCUGGAAUUCAAACCGCUUCCUAGUUCUUUAAAAUAUGCUUUCUUAGGUCCGAAUAAUACUUAUCCUGUAAUAAUUGCCUCUAACCUUUCACAGGAACAAGAAACAAAAUUGCUUGAUGUAUUAAAAAAAUAUAAAAGUGCAAUUGGUUGGACAGUAGGAGAUAUUAAAGGAAUAAGUCCAACGGUUUGUAUGCACCGAAUCUUACUUGAAGAAGGGGCAACCCCUGUCCGUCAACCUCAGCGCAGGUUAAAUCCGAAUAUGAAGGAGGUUGUACGUGCAGAAGUCUUGAAGUUGUUGGACUCAGGUAUUAUUUAUCCAAUUUCAGAUAGUAAAUGGGUAAGUCCAGUUCAUGUAGUGCCGAAAAAAUCUGGAAUUACUGUUGUUACUAAUGAAAAAAAUGAGUUGAUCCCAACUAGAACAGUAACUGGGGGCAUAGAGGUUGACAGGGCCAAAAUUGAAGUUAUUUCUAAACUACCUCCCCCUACAUCUGUGAAAGAAGUGCGAAGUUUUCUUGGUCAUGCAGGUUUUUACAGGCGCUUCAUUAAAGACUUUUCAAAAAUUUGUAGGCCUAUGUGUAACCUGUUAGCAAAAGAUGUUGUCUUCAAGUUUGAUGAUGAAUGUUUGUCUGCUUUCAACUUUUUGAAAGAAAAAUUAACUUCUGCUCCCAUUCUUGCUGCACCUAAUUGGGAGCAUCCUUUUGAAAUAAUGUGUGAUGCAUCUGAUUAUGCCAUAGGUGCUGUUUUAGGACAGAAAAUUAAUAAACUGCCUUAUGUGAUUCAUUAUGCAAGUAAAACUUUGGAUUAUGCUCAGGUUAACUAUACAACUACUGAAAAGGAGUUGUUAGCUGUAGUCUUUGCAUUAGAAAAAUUUCGUUCUUACUUGAUUGGUUCUAAAGUGAUUGUUUAUUCUGAUCAUUCUGCUCUAAAAUUUUUGUUGGCUAAAAAAGAUGCUAAGCCUAGACUAAUAAGAUGGAUUUUAUUGCUCCAAGAGUUUGAUUUGACUAUCAGGGAUAAGAAAGGAUGUGAGAAUGUGGUCGCUGAUCAUUUGUCUCGUUUGCCUGAUGCAGCUAAUAAUUGUCCUACAUCUGAUAUUCCUAUAAAUGACAGGUUCCCUGAUGAACAGUUGCUUUCUUUACAAAAUAAAGAACCUUGGUAUGCAGACAUUGUGAAUUAUUUGGUCUCGGGUCAAUUUCACCCAGACUUGAAUUCACAAGGAAAAAAACAUUUUCUUUCCAAAGUAAAAUAUUUUUUUUGGGAUGAGCCUUAUUUGUUUAAAAUCUGUCCUGAUCAAAUAAUUAGAAGGUGCAUACCUGAGUUUGAGCAUCAAAAUAUUUUGAAUCACAGUCACACUCUAAACUGCGGAGGACAUUUUAGUGGGAAGAAAACUGCAUUGAAGGUUUUGCAGUCUGGUUUUUAUUGGCCCACUUUGUUCAAGGAUGCAUUUGAAUUUUGUGCUAAGUGUGAUAGAUGCCAGAGGACAGGUAAUAUAAGUAAGCGCCAUGAAAUGCCCCUUUCAAAUAUUUUGGUUGUUGAUUUGUUUGAUGUUUGGGGAAUUGAUUUCAUGGGGCCUUUUCCCACUUCCUUUGGUUAUAAGUACAUUCUUGUGGCUGUUGAUUAUGUGUCGAAAUGGGUUGAAGCUGUGGCUACCAGAACAAAUGACAGUAAAGUUGUUUUGCAAUUUUUGAAAGAUAUUUUUGCCAGAUUUGGGACACCCAGAGCUAUCAUUAGCGAUGAAGGUACCCACUUCUGUAAUAAACUUUUUGCAGGUCUUUUGAAAAAAUAUGGCAUUACUCACAAGGUGGCCACUCCGUACCAUCCACAAACCUCUGGCCAAGUUGAGGUGAGUAAUAGGCAGAUUAAAGGAAUCUUGGAAAAGACAGUGAAUCCUUCUCGGAAAGAUUGGGCUAUCAAGUUGAAUGAUGCAUUGUGGGCUUACCGGACAGCCUACAAAACCCCGAUUGGUAUGAGCCCGUACAGGUUAGUAUUUGGCAAGGCUUGUCAUUUGCCGGUGGAGUUAGAACAUAGAGCCUAUUGGGCUAUUAAAUUCUUGAAUUUUGAUUUGCAGAGAGCUGGUGAGGUAAGAAAAUUGAUUUUGAAUGAAUUGGAUGAAAUAAGAAAUGAGGCUUAUGAAAACUCAAAAAUUUAUAAAGAAAGAAUCAAAGCCUAUCAUGAUAAGUCUAUUUUGAGGAAAAAAUUUGAACCUGGAAUGAAAGUUUUGUUAUUUAACUCUCGUUUGAGAUUGUUUCCAGGUAAGUUAAAGUCUAGAUGGGCAGGACCUUUUGUGGUACGCGAAGUGUUUUCUCACGGUGCAUGUGAGAUCGAAAAUCCAAAAACAGGUGAAAAAUUUAAGGUAAAUGGGCAAAGACUUAAGCAGUACUUCGAGGGGGAACCAUCAGCCCAUAUUGUUGAACAGGUAGAGUUGCAGAAUUAUGAAUGCCCAUCUUGUCUAGCUACAGACAAUAACUGA